GGCCACUGUGCAGGCUGACAAGAUUGAGCCAGGAUAUGAUGACGAGUCACCCAAGCAAAUAUUUAAGAGCCUAGAGGAACGGUUCCGUCCAUAUUAAUGAGAAAGAAAAACCACUUUUGUCUCUCCAUAGCUUUGCUUUUAAUGUAUUUAAUUUCUCGCAUUGUCAAAGCCUAGCCAUUCCCUGUCAGAUACAAUAAAAUAAAAAUAUAAAUCAACAAAUAGUCCGAAUGAAGUUUCUUAGCAGAAAUUCAAGCAAAUUGCAUUCAGUUGACUUCCAUAUUCCGUAGCUCUGGUCGCUGUGGGACUGUGGUCUGCCUCGGGGAGCUAUGCGAUAAGUUACUUAUUUAAAUAUAUUUUGAUUUAAUUUUUUUUGUAUUUCCGACAUGUUGAGUAGUUCCAUGAUGUGGGGUACGUUGGAAACAUUAUAUCGAGUUACUACUAAAGCAGUCAGUUUUUAAAGUUUAUAUCUUACAAACAAAUAUAAAAUUAAUAAAAAACAUUUUAUUCGUUGAAAAUAUGUAUCACAUAAGAUUCAGAACUAUUUUUUUAAGAACUUCAAGCAAGUUGAAUCCAGUUGAAUCCAUAAUUCAGGUAACCAAUAUCCCAAAGCUCUCUGAUGAUAAUAACUAUUGGCAGUGGCGGGUCCUUUUGCGUUCUUAUUUGGACGCUAGGGGACUGUGGUGUGGCGACUGUCCAGAUGAGUGUCCCAAGAGCAAGUUCAUUCUGUUGAGUACAUUGGAAGCGUGGCUUAUAUUGCGGGAAUAUGAAACCAAAACAGCGAGUGAUAUAUUCAAGGAUUUAGAAUCCCGUUAUGGAACUAGAAAAUGA